AUAUGUAUGUGUACAUAUAUAUAUAUAUCUCUGCACCUUAGUUUUAUAACCAUCUUCCUCCUAUAAAAGCUUCCCUCUCCAAAUUUCUCUCACCAUAUUCCAAAAGUUACGAGCAUGUUGCAGAGAAGUAGAACUCUUCCAUGCAGAACCCAUCAUGGAGCGGAAGAAGAAAGGCAGUACUUUCAGGUGGAAGUCCAAACAAAAUCCAACGAGAGUGAAGCCAUAAACUCUCAACCUAGUCACUCCAAAAUCUUUGACGAUGAUGAAGGGUUGAAGAGAACAGGCACAUUUUGGACUGCAACAGCGCAUAUCAUAACAGCGGUUAUAGGGUCAGGAGUAUUAUCCCUGGCAUGGGCGAUAGGGCAGCUUGGUUGGGUUGCAGGACCAACUGUUCUGAUCCUUUUUUCUCUCGUCAAUUUCUACACUUCAACUCUUCUAACAACCUGUUAUAGGUCAGGUGACCCUCUCACAGGACAGAGGAACUGUACUUACACUCAUGCUGUCAAAGCUUAUUUGGGAGGGAAGAAGGUAUUCUUAUGUGGGUUAAUUCAACACAUAAAUUUGUUUGGUGUGGCAAUUGGAUAUACCAUAGCAGCAUCAGUAAGCAUGAUGGCGAUCAAGAGAUCGAAUUGUUUCCAUAAGAGUAAUGGAAAAGAUACAUGCCACAUGUCAAGUAACGGAUACAUGAUAACGUUCGGAAUUGCAGAGGUGAUAUUUUCUCAGAUUCCAGACUUUGACAGAAUAUGGUGGCUCUCCAUAGUCGCUGCUGUUAUGUCUUUCACAUACUCUUCUGUUGGUCUUGUACUCGGAAUUGGCAAGGUUGUAGAGAAUGGAGGAUUCAAAGGAAGCUUGACAGGUAUUAGCAUAGGUACAAUGACAAAUUCUGGGAGUAUUGUUACCCCUACAGAGAAGCUAUGGAGAAGUUUGCAAGCACUAGGCGCAAUGGCCUUUGCAUAUUCUUAUUCGAUCAUCCUUCUCGAAAUCCAGGAUACUAUAAAAUCUCCUCCUGCAGAGCACAAGACAAUGAAUAAGGCAACCUUAUUUAGCAUUACUGUAACUACAAUAUUCUACUUGUUCUGUGGAUGUAUGGGAUAUGCAGCUUUUGGUGAUCUUGCCCCCGGAAAUAUUCUAACUGGGUUCGGAUUUUAUAAUCCAUACUGGCUGCUAGACAUUGCCAAUCUCGCCAUUGUUGUCCACCUUGUUGGUGCUUAUCAGGUAUUUUGCCAACCUUUGUUUGCAUUUGUGGAGAAGUGGAGUGCCCAGAAAUGGCCAAGGAGUGAGUUUGUGACAGCUGAAAUCAACAUAAAGCUUCCGGUUUACGGUGUCUACCAACUCAACUUCUUUCGAUUAGUGUGGAGAACCAUCUUUGUUAUUAUCACAACUCUCAUAGCCAUGCUCCUGCCGUUCUUCAACGAUGUUGUGGGGAUACUGGGAGCAAUCGGAUUCUGGCCAUUGACGGUGUUCUUUCCAGUAGAGAUGUACAUUUCUCAGAAGAAGAUUGGAAGAGGAACAAGCCGGUGGAUUGCACUGAAACUUCUGAGUCUGGCUUGUUUUUUGGUCAGCGUGGCUGCUGCUGUUGGUUCUAUCGCUGGAGUUGUUCUUGAUCUCAAAACAUACAAGCCCUUUAAAACUAGUUAUUGAGAUUAAUUUGGGGCAAAGAAUGUAUUCCCUAGUAA